AUGUAUAGAGUUGUAAUCAAUCAACGUGACUUCGUUUCUAUUUUCAAGUACAUUCGAAUCCAUCAGUUCGAGUUUAAGCAAACGAACUUUCUACGAAGAGAGAAAGUUUACGAUAAAACUGACUUACCCAUCGAAUUCAAAGUUUCGCCGGAAAGUUUGUUACAUUUAGCCGCCAGAAUAGUGGAUGCACUUCCACUACCAGACGUCUAUCAAUGGACUAAUGAGGAUGUUUGUAAAUGGUUGGAGCGGUAUGGUUAUAAACAAUAUGAGCACACUUUUCGGGUAAAUAUGAUAACGGGCCGCCAACUUCUACUAAUUGACGCAGAUGCGUUAUGUGCAAUGAAUAUAAAAAAAUUCAACGACAUUAAACACCUUUUAUAUGGCAUACGUAAACUUUUCUACUUUGAGCUGACUAAUUUUAUGCGGAGUAUCUCAUUGCCCUCGCAACGCUAUCACGAGCUAUAUAAACUAUUUCUGGUGAGAAGUGGCUGCAAGCAAUUGAAACGCUCUGAUCUCUUAUGCCAGUUACAAGUUUUGCGUGGAAAACCCAAAUAUCUUCUGCACUGGGAUGUACUCGAGCAUUGGAUGUCACUUAUAAGCGAGCCAUUAUACCAGGAGUAA